AUGUCUUCGUCCACCACCGUCACCCAGACGGCUGCACAGCCAGCCCAGUCUUCCACCAUCACUCUCGACUCUUCACUUGCUGGCCACGACGAAGAGCAGAUUCGUCUCAUGGAGGAACGAUGCAUGGUUCUCGACAACGACGACAAGUAUAUCCGCGAUGGAAGCAAGAAAGAAUGCCAUCUCAUGACCAACAUCAACAAGGGUCUCUUGCACCGUGCUUUUUCCGUCUUCCUCUUCGACCCCACAUCCGGCAAGCUCCUGUUGCAACGAAGAGCACCAGAGAAGAUCACCUUUCCCAACAUGUGGACCAACACCUGCUGCUCUCACCCCCUUGCCAUUAAGGGUGAACUCGAGGAAGCAGAGCAGAUUGGUGUUCGUCGUGCAGCACAGCGCAAGCUCGACCACGAGCUCGGCAUCCCCGCCGAACAAGUCCCUCUCGACCAGUUCCAGUAUCUCACCCGCAUCCACUACCUUGCACCCAAUGGGGACGAGGACAACAUCUGGGGUGAGCACGAGAUCGACUACAUCCUCUUCAUCACUGCCAACGUCACGCUCGAACCUAACGUCAACGAGGUUUGCGACACAAAGUGGGUUUCGCCUCAAGAGCUCAAGGUUCUCAUGACCGAGCUCGACCCUGCUUCUUUCACACCCUGGUUCAAGCUCAUUGUGCACAAGUUCCUCUUUCCUUGGUGGAGCGAGUUGCUGGCAAGGAAGGGUGAUGAUGAGAGCAAGCCUCUGGAUGCCAAGUCGCUGGCUGACUUGACAGAUCACAGCAUCCAUCGCAUGCUCUAA